AUGACGACAGUACAACAGGCCUCGGCCGUGGGGCGACGUAAUGAAAUCUCACCGUCCGCGCAGUAAAAACGUCCGCGGUCCAGCGGGUGUAUGGCGAGAUAUUUUAUAGCUUUGUUGUAAAACUGUUCGUUUUCGUCGAACGGAUUUGAACUUUAAAAACGAGUUUCGCGACAUAAAACGAUCACGUACGUAUACACAAAUACAUUACGGACAAUAUGACGUUCAUCUGGAUUCCGGAUCGCGCGGAGGUGUUCGGGUUUUUGGAUUUCGGCGAAUCUGUUGUCCGUCUCCGUGGGAACAAACGCCGGUAUUCCGCGUUUCCGGAGAUCGGUCACAGCGGCAUUAACAUAAUAUGACAUUCCGUGCUUACCGCGUUGGAAUAUCGCACCCCCCCCCGGAUCGGGCACGCGAUAAUCGGAGAUAUUUCGCGACUCGUGAUUCUGUUUCAAUACUGUAGCUGGGCAAUAGGAUCAUUUGCUCCCCCUGUGAUGAAAUGAUACUCCGCCGCUCUCCCCCUAAACUAAAUACAAAAGUGGAACAUCCCGUUAACGGGUCGACGGAAAUCCGAAAUGUCGACACCGAAAUUCAUUUAAAGUGCCGACACCUCUAUACGGGUACUGUCGUAGGAAUUAUAGCCGCUGUACAGUUGACGUUAUAGUAUUUACCGCGGCGCGUAUCCUAUACCCACUAUUAUACUGUUACAAUCGUACCGCCUAAUAUCACUGUCGGACGUUUAAUAAUAACGAUAUUCGACAAUCGUGAUAGUAUACGCUUGUCGCGUGUUAUUAUUAUUAUUAUUAUUAUUAUUAUUGUAUCGUUAUUAUCGUGUUAUCAAGUUAACCGCCUCGAGCAUUACACUAUUAUGGAAUUGUCGCCGGAUUCUUUCUGUACACCGCGUGAGUUAAAUUUAAUUGUUAUUGUACGCGUGUAUACAGGAUUUUAGUAUACGCGAGAGUUGUUAAUUGUAACUGUCAUUUUACUACGUGCUUGAAUUUUACGCUGCGGCGCGGCCGGAAUCGAUAAACCUACCAGUAAUAAUAAUGUAUGCAAUAGUUCCGGACAAAAUCGUAUCGUUCAUUGUCGAUUCGAUUUCAUUCCGUUCCGAAACAUAUCGGACAUAUAUCUGUAUUAUAAUUAAAGACCGGAUUAAAUUUCGUUUAAAACACACGAAAAUUGCAAUGUUAAAAUUAUAUAAUUGCGCCAAAAAAAAAAACGUAAAAAUUGCACUAUAAAAAUGCAGGAGUUAUAUAAGAAAAAAUUGUUCAUUAAAAUUAAAUCUUCUAUUACUUAAAAUAUGUUUGUACAAAGAAAAACUACGUUCUACGUCUACACUAGUUAUCGGUGCAUAUUUAAAACAAUUUAAUAAAGUAGGCUAUAUGUCUAAAUUAACAUUUGCUUUACCUGACAUGACUUCAUAGUAAGGCUUUAAAGUUUUAUACACUUCAUUUUUUUCAACUAUAUACAUACAUUUGUCUUUAAUUUUGUUACCGUUUGGACCAGGAAUAUAUGUUAAAAUAUCUUCGUUUUUUCUAAAAAUAGCCGUGCUUUUCAGCAGUUCACUAUUAGGUUCUUUCAAAUUUCUAAGAUUCACGGAUAACUCGGAUCAGUGUAAUUUUAUGAAUGCCACACCGCAUUUGACUGUAUUAUUUUGUACAGGUCGUUUCAGCUUUUCGACACUCGUAGCAUCAUCCGUUAAACUUUCAAUCACGGUUUUAAACUUUUCAAAAUUGUUUGCAUAGAAAAGUGCAGCAUUUAACCAUGUUCCCCAUUUUGUAAUAAUAGGUACGGGUGGUAAAGGUAUAUCCGGCAUUUAUUUUCCGUAUUCAUUUAUUAUUCUCGGUGGUGCCAUCAUAUAUAUAUAUAUAUAUAGACGCUUAUCGCUCGCUGGGCUCUCCAAGCUUCUAGAAAAUUCCAGACGAUCGAUAAACGCCAUAUGGUUUAAAAACGUGGGAAAAUCGCCAAAAAAAUUGCAAAAACGACGAAAAUUGAAACAAAUUGAAUUAAAAAAAAUUAAAUGGGCAGAAUAUUUUUAGUAUGCAUCGGCUAUACGUUUAAUCAGAUCUGAUGUAUGUUUAUUGCAAAAAAAAGAUGCAAUAUCAAUUAAAUCCGGUCUUUAAUUAUAAUAUUCGAAACCGUUUCCGAUUUGUUCUUUGCAAAUAUUAGUAAUAUGCCUAGUUAAAUAUUAACAUAUCUGACAAAUGCCAAUGUAAACACCGCGGAUGCGAACACGCAAAAAUUAAUAUAGUUCCGUAACGAUCGCGUUUUUGGAUUCAAUACGUUACAAUUCAGCGGUUCCCAACCUGCGGUACGCGUAAUGGUUCUCGGUGGUAUAAAGGUUAGGGACCCCUGCGAUUUUAAUACCAUCACGGUAUUACGAUGAACCUCAUUGGAAAUAAAGCAUAACGAAAUAAAAAGUAAAAUACCUAUCAAAAUAAUAUUAUUGACGGAAAUUAGGGUGGGUUUUUCCUAAACGCUAAUACUGAGCACGGGCGUGACACUGUUAUAGGCGGGCAUUUCUAGUAGAAAACACAAGUUGCAAAUAGGUGGGACGAGUAAGCAACUUGUGUAAAACCGGUCCCACGCUACUCGUGCACUCGGCGAGUAAUCGUCAAUCGUGCGAUGCUUUACGAGUGGUGUCGGAGGUGUUUGGUCGUCAAGUUGGACGAUUAUUUUUACACGCGGUUUCCCGUCGCUGUCGGAUCCAACACGUUAAUAUCGUCGUUAUUUUGUCAGCAGUAGUAGUAGCCGCACACCGUUCCCACACGGACCGCGCACUUUUUAAUUUAUUCAAUAUAGUUUAAAAUUAGUAAAAAAUAGGAUAAAAUUUCCUUUCAGAAAAUGUGCUACACUUGAUACACCGGAUCAUCGAUAUCCGAAAGACAUUUUGUACACUUCAGUGGUCCCUUAGCAAUUAAAUGUGACAAAAAAAAAAAUCACUUUUUUCAAAUUACCCCAUCAAAUCAGUCGCAUUACUGAAAAUAAGGAAACAAAAAAAAGUUCCAAACAAACCGAAUAAUUUUACCCCGUGCCACAAAAGCUCUAGAGUUAUAAAAAUAGAAUAAUCUUUGGAAUAUAAAUUCCGGAAAACUUAAUUUACAAUAGUCUGUAUCUUACACCUUAUAUUAUCAAUUUUAAAACGUUCAAAUAUUUAAAUUAAAAGGGCAAUGAAAGUAAAUUCAUAAUCAUUAUUGGUAGAUUAUGGAUAAAUAAAUAUAAAUUAUGUACUUUCCCGUAUUUUGCGAUUAUUAAGUGAAGAUUGUAGUAACGUUUAAUGUAUUAUCUACAGAAUUUUACAUUAUCAAACUGAACGAUAUACACAGUAACCAAAAAAAAAAAAAUAACAAAUAAACAUAAUUGUAAAAUCAAUACAUCCCCUCGCUACGCUCCGAAUCAAAAGUAAAAUAGGUUCCUAUCAAAACAAUGACAUUGAUAUUGAUGGCAAUUUAUUGUUUAUUUAAAAUCCAAAUGUACCCAAUACAAUAAUUGUAUACUAUGAUGCACACAAAUAUAGUAAUACGAAAAGUUACGUCCGAGCCGGGUAAUUUAUUUCGAAUUAUUUAUUUUGUCUUUUGUCGAAUACACGUACAACGUCGUUACUCAUUUUACAUUUUCAAAUUAAUACAAUUUUCAAUUUGAAUUUAUCAAAACUCCGUGUUUAACCGACAGUUUUGCUCAAAAUCGGUUUUGGUUUGCAAUGAUUUGAUUUCAAUUAACGUGUAUAGGUACGCCCCGACAGGAUUUAUCGUCGCAUACAAAUUAUACAAACUAAAUUACCCUGCACAAUAUCAUUUCGUACCAGCAGAAUUUCCCGCCUACAUCGGUGGCCUACCAAUAAUGCGAAGUACGGUCGACUUGUAUAUUUGAUAAACAUUUGUCAAUUGAAAUAAUAUACGUAAUAUGUUAACUUUUUCUUAAAAUACGGGCAGUGAAAACCCAUUUUUCAUCUUGCAUUUCCCGGCUACGAGAAUAACGGAUUACGAUAAGUUUCUCGUCCACCAUUCUUGUCUAGAAAUCUCUCUAAAAUAAUGCUUUUCCACCCCUUUAACCUCUUUUAGACACAGCACGGAUUAUUCAGAAAACUUUCUGUGUAGGUCUUUGACCACUUCGGUUUCGGGGACCUUUUUUCCGUUUUGCUCAUAAAUCAAUUAUUUUCGUACUAACUUUUAUACAUAUAACUGUUUGAAAUCGGACGAAUCAUUUUGAAUGGCCCUAUAAUAUACAAUAAGAAAAUGUACGAAUCACCGAAAUACGGAGGGGAAAAAAUUAUUAUUAAUAUCACACAUUAUUAUCAAUAUAAUUAUCCAUUAUAUCAUUAUUAUAACUACAAUUUCUUUAGGUUUUGAAACAGAUUUUGUUUUUAUCUCUAAGACUCAAAAAUAGACUACAAUACACGGACGAAAAUACGCAUUUUCUACAAUUUAUUUUUGUAUUAUUAUUAUUAUUAUUAUUAUAAAGCAUCAAUAUUAAAUAGUCGAACAGUUAAUUUGUUUUUAGACUUUUCAAUUUAAAUAGUUAUUUUUAUCGUUAUCUAUAAUUAUCUAGUUUAAGUUUGUAUCAUUUGAACUUAAUUUUCAUAAAAAUCCAACGGUAUCAAUGAAUUAAUAAUGUUUCAAGAAAAAAAAAAAUACGCCCUCCUUUGCGAUAAAGUAAUAAUCGUUUUCUUUAUCGGCCUUUUGUUUCAGGCGUGGACGACAAGCCGUCUGACGUGGACGGGCUGCCGUACAGCACGCUGUUGUACGGCAACGGGCCCGGGUACAGUACCGAACACCGGCUGGUGCCCAUGGUGAACGCGACGGACGCGGAGAAACAGAACCGGCUGCACGGGGCUGCUGUGCCGCGGCAGUGGGCCACGCACGGCGGCGAAGACGUGCCGGUGUACGCGGCCGGACCGCCGGGCAUUACGCAGGCGCUGUUCUCCGGCACGUUCGACCAGUCGUACGUGCCGCACGCCAUCGCGUACGUGGCGUGCCUGGCCGAGCACGCCAAACGGUGUCAACUUCAGGACGAAAUGGCCGUCGCGCGCAACGGCAGCACCGCGUUCGCCGCCGGCAAGACGGGCGUAAUCGGGGUCGGCCCCUCGUCUCAGGUAAGAUUUCUCCGUCCUCUCGGUCCCGCGCGUCGGCUCCCGGGCGCUCGGUUCCGAUUCGCCGCGGCUUGUGUCGUCAACUCGUAG